UCGAGUGCAGGUUGCAGGAUCGUGCGCAGCCGCGUAGCCCACUCGAGUGAGGGCGACCGCAGCAUCCACAGACAGGAUCCGCACCGGCUUUGCUCCCAAGCAAGCAGGAGAGAGGAGGGACAGACCGAGGAGAGCCGCUGUUUUUUGCGGAAACACAGCAGCGAGCAACGAUGAUCGUCAGAGGGCUCUGGGCAUGUAUUCCUCGGUUCGGGAAACGGAGUAGCCGCUUUGGCGUUUUCUCGGUUUUUUGCGCGGCCACCCUGAGCGUAGCCGUCUUCGCGUUGCUCAUCAUAGACGUCAUCGAGUCCUGGAUCACGUCCAUUCGUAUGAAUGCAAUGCUGGAGCCGCAUGCCGGCGUCUUCCCCCCGCAGAGCGCCCCUCCCACCAGACCCGAGGAGUUCCUGCUCAUGCCCAGUCCUCUGGUGUGCCAGCGUGCAAAGCCUUACCUCAUCACCAUGGUUACCACCGCUCCCGCGAACCAGAGGGCACGCCAAAACAUCAGGGACACAUGGGGUGGAGAAACCAAUGUGAGGGGGCUCAGGGUUAUGACCCUCUUCAUGCUAGGUGUGCCAUCUGACACCAUACUGGCCAAACUGCUCAUUCAGGAGGCCAGGGAGCGAGGAGACCUGGUUCAGGGGCACUUCCUGGACACUUACUCCAACUUGACACUGAAGACUCUAUCCAUGCAGAGCUGGGUCCGCCGCUUCUGCCCCCAGGCUCAUUUUAUGGCUAAAGUGGAUGAUGAUGUCAUGUUCAAUCCCAGUGCUCUGCUGCACCUCCUGAAUAAAAGCCACAGCCCCUACGAACAAGUAGACUUAUACCUGGGUAGGGUACAUCUCCGUGUGGCCCCAAACCGCGAUCCGGACAGCAAGCAGUACCUCCCUGAGGGGGCAUACCCGCUGUCGGUUUUCCCAGACUACUGCAGCGGUACUGCUUAUGUUCUGUCCCGCUCUGCGUUGCUCAAAAUAUCAUUGGCAGCCACGGCAUCACCUCUAUCGACGCCUCUCCCCCCCGAAGACGUGUUUGUGGGUCUGUGCGCCCAGGCAGCCGGGAUACUGCCCACGCACUGCCCCCUGUUUUCCGGUGGCCCCGGCGUACCGUACGGCCGUUGCUGUUAUCAGGCCAUGGUGUCUGUGCACCACGUCCCGCCCAGAGAUAUGCUGCACUACUGGGCUGACAUCCACGCAUCGCCGCCCUGCCCUUGGCUGAGCAUGCGAGCGUCACUCAGCUUGUGCAAAGUCAGGGCGCUGCUGGGCUCGGCUCUCGGCCUCUUGUGACCGGGACGUAUUGGGGGGGGCUGCGCUUCAGUUCUAUGCUGCUAAUAGCAAACAUGAAAAAAUGUCUAUUUUUGUAAGAUCAUAAAAUAUUCUGCAGAAAAGGAACACGUCAUAGAAGCUUGGAAAUGUGAUCCCAGCAUCUUUUGUUUUUGCACUGGCACACAAUAUUACCAUAUUUAUUAAUAAGUGACCAAAGUAGACAUUACAAUAUGAAUACUACUGAGUGACUAGCAUUGAUUACCUUAUUUAUUUGGCAUUGCUGAUUUGAGCAAGUUUCAUAAUGAGAGCUAAAGAACACGUUUUACAGGCGCGCAAUGAUGCACACAAAUCGCAGUUCGAUUCCUUUGUCUUAAGGUUCAAUAUUUUCACAAAAUUGCCUCUUCUAAUUUGAAUUUAAUGGCUGGUAUAAGGCUGCACGGUGGACGAGUGGUUAGCCCGCAGGCUUCACAGCUAGGAGUUCAAUUCAACUCUGGGCCAUCUCUCUCCAUGGGUUCUUUCCGGUGAGUUCCAAAAACAUGCUAGGUUAAUUGGCCACAGGUAUGAAUGUGAGUGUGAAUGGUUGUUUGUCUAUAUGUGCCCUGUGAUUGGCUGGCCACCAGUCAAGGGUGUACCCCACCUCUCGCCUGAAGACAGCUGGGAUAGGCUCCAGCACGCCCGCGACCCCGGUGAGGAUAAGUGAUAGAAAAUGAAUGAAUGACUGAAAUUACCAAUAAAAAUAGUACAAGGCACAGCUCAGCGCUUGACAAUGCAACCUAAGCCAUAGUAGUCGAUCGCAGAUACAUUGAGCUUUCAGCACGGAUUUCUUACAUACCGAAGCGUGAUGCCUGCGUCGAACGGUUUGAUGCCGAUACACGUAUUAUUGCACCCCUGAUGUUUGAUUAAAAAUUGUAAAAGGUUAGGAAAAAAGUAUUAGCAGGUCGCACAACUGCUAAAAAGAAGCAAUGGCAAACAAUAUCUGGCUUUAUUGGCUACGUAAUAGAAUUAUGUCACCCCUGUAGGCUGCAUGCCUUCAUACGUGUAACAUGUACUACGUUGUACUUCAUCUCAACUGGAAAUGGAAUUGUGUCGACUUUUAAAGCACUGACUUAUUUUUGUUUAAUGCUUAAUGUUUCCCGGACAAGCAAAAUGUGACCAUGUAUGUACUAUGUAAUUAACUGUUUAAAGUGAUAUCUGUAUCAAGUACGUGUAAGCACAGUAUACUUUUAAUUAAAUAGAAUGUUAAAAGAGAAAAUCUUACUUUAGAAGCAGUAGGGAAGAGAAAUAACAUGAUACCCUCUCGUCUCACUCUCAGCAGUAUUUAUAAUGUGUUUUACGGCAAGGGUAAACAUGAGCUCGGCGUUGCGUUGAUGAGGUGGGGUUAAUGUAACCGAAGCAGCUUUUCUACACGACAGGAGAGAAUAUGUUUACACUCAGGAAAUAUGAUGAAUGGAAUGC